AUGCAGCCGCCGAGCGAGAACCUACGCAAGCUGUAUACUUUGAGCUCGUCCCUGCCCCCGUCGUUGCUGGCGUCUUCUGCGGUGUUCGGCAUGGGCGUGCAGAAGGCGGUCGAUGCGAUGAGGGCGCAGGUGAAGGUGGAGAUGGGCGUGAAGGUUGAGGCCGAGGAUGCACUGUUGCUGUUGGAUUGA